UUAUCUGAAAUGCUUGUAUCCUACAAGAAAAUCAGAACUUCUAAUAUUUAUGAAGAAGAAACUAGUUUAAGCUCAGGCCCUUCUAAGAGCUUAUUAGAACAAACUAAAGUUCAAGUUUUAAAUAGCCAAGAACCAAAAGCUUUAUCAACACAAAAAGCACAAGAAGCAUAUAUAGUAACAGACUUAAGCACUAAACAAAGAAAAUACUAA